GAUUGUGGGGUGUUGCGUUUGGUUUCGUUCUUUGCGUUCGACAGUAGAACAAUUGCGAAGCCAAUGUAAUGUGUAAAUAUAUUCCCAUUUUGGGCCCCUUUUCUACGCGUUAUCGAUUGGGCAGUGCAGCGAGCAACGAGCCCUAAUCGCCGUGAACAAAGUUCUAGUGUUUGCUGGUUUGUGAACUAAAAACAUUCUUCCUGUCCCGGUGUUAUGGAAUAUGAGUACAUGCUGAUGCGAAAUGAAAAGGAAACGCAAAACCGCUGUUGCGGCGGUCGCGUUUGGUGUGUACAGGACAUUUGCGGUAUCAUUUGUGCCCUGCUAACUUGGGGUUUAAUAUUGUACGCCGAGUUCGUCGUCACAAUGGUGAUUCUUUUACCGAAUCCUUACAAAGCAUAUCGGUAUAUUAAUUUUAUUAUAUUCAACACCGGAUCGUUCCUCGCGUUCGCUUCACACCUUCGUACAAUGCUGUCUGAUCCGGGUGCUGUUCCGAAAGGCAACGCCACCAAGGAGAUGAUCCAGCAGCUAGGCUAUCAAGAGGGACAAGUUUUCUUCAAGUGUCCCAAAUGCUGCAGUAUUAAACCGGAACGAGCCCAUCACUGUUCGGUAUGUCAGCGGUGUAUACGGAAAAUGGACCACCACUGUCCGUGGAUAAAUAACUGCGUCGGAGAAAAUAAUCAGAAGUUUUUUGUACUUUUUACUUUUUACAUCGCAUUCAUUUCCAUCCAUUCGAUAUUUCUGGCUGUCAAUCAGUUUUGUCUUUGCAUAAAAAAUGAAUGGAGAGAAUGUUCGAACUAUUCGCCGCCAGCAACGGUUAUACUUCUGUUGUUCCUCAUUUUGGAGGCAUUACUAUUUGCCGUCUUCACGAUGAUCAUGCUAGGUACUCAGUUGAAUGCUAUCUGGACCGACGAAACGGGCAUUGAACAACUUAAAAAAGAAGAGGCACGGUGGGUCAAGAAAUCGCGCUGGAAAAGUUUCCAGGCUGUUUUCGGAAGCUUUUCGCUCGCAUGGUUUUCACCAUUCACGCAGCCACUUAGAGCAAAACAUGAAAAUUAUUUAUAUUCAGUCUAA